AUGGAUGACAUUGAACGAACCACCUCUCAAUUAUGGAGGGCUUACAGAACUGUGAAGGAAAUGGUGAGAGACCGUGGGUACUACAUAACACAAGAGGAAAUCGAUAUUUCUCUUGACCAAUUCAGAGAAAAGAUAUGCGAUUCCAUGGGAAUGCCACAGAGAAAACUUAUGUCAUUUCAGGCUAAUGCUUCUCAAGAAGCUGCGGAGAAAUAUGGAGAUUUGGGACCAUUAUGGGUUGAGUUCUGUGAUGAGCCUUCUGUUGGGAUAACCACUAUGAAGAAUUUUUGCCAGCAUAUCGCAGACAAGAAUUUUGCUACAGGAAUUUUCAUUUACCAACAAAAUAUGACUCCUUCGGCCACAAAAGCAAUCGCAGUUGCGGAGCCAGCCGUUAUUGAGACAUUUCAGGAAGCUGAUAUCAUAGUCAAUAUUACCCACCACGAAUUAGUCCCCAAACAUAUCAGGCUGUCAACCGAGGAGAAAAAGGAAUUGUUGGCUCGGUAUAGACUAAAAGAAUCUCAACUACCCCGAAUUCAAAGAGAGGACCCCGUUGCUCGAUACCUGGGUCUUCGCCGUGGACAGGUUGUCAAGAUUAUUAGAAGAUCCGAGACGUCUGGAAGAUAUGCAUCCUACAGAAUUUGUCUUUAA